CGUCACCAUGUCAGCAUUAUUAUUUGAUUUCUUUUCUCAGUGCGGCCGCAGCCUGCACCGAAGGUGACUUCUGCUUCUCUUCUCAUCAAUCUCAUAAUAAACAAACAUUCGGACUUCGGGAGCCGUACGCAAAAGUCCAGGAUGAGCCUUGUCUCUGGCUCUCAGACAGCCACGAGGCGACAGCGGCGACGGAACGAAGGUCCAAUACGAGUUGCUUGGGCGGCCAAGUCGGACAUCUGAUCGCCGGGGUUCCUGACCAUGAUUCCUUCGUCAUGUCUGGCUGGCCUGAAGUCUUGGUAUUCCGCGAUUUGCCUGGUCAUGUUCCGGCUUGCUGCUAAAGCUGAACUGGUCAACGUAUGAUCGCCUUCCAGACUGGUAACUUUUUUGCCAAAGGAAGGAGUACCGGGGGUGCAAUUUGGAUACCUUGCCAUGACUCGAUCCAGGCGCAGGUAGGGUCAUGCCCAGUGAAGCCCAGCUACACUCCACCGCCGCCAGCUGUACGAUUCCAUUUCAGGCAUCGGAACGCCUUCGAGCGACCAUCAGCGUAGCCCAGCCACUUGGAAAUUUCAAUCUCUUUGUGGCCCUACGGCAGCCACACUACCCUGAUACGGGCAUCCAGCCUAACCGGAGCCUAAAGCUGGAGUCGCAAUGAUUGAUAAUACUUGUAUAAAGCAAUGCCUCUCUAUCCCACCCACGUGUGACUCCAUCUACAAAUCAACUACUAACGGCCGUACGCUGCCACUUUUGAUAUACACUUCUGCUCACUGAUCCUGUCUGGUAUCUGAUUGCCAUCGACCUCGACAGCAUUAAAGCAUCUACAGUACGUCCUUGAGUGUGGAAAGCCACGAGCUGGGCAAACAUCAACGCGCCGGUCAACGGACCAACCUCAGAAACACCAUCGGAGAAGUAGAGGAAGGACUUCGCCUUAAAACAAAGUCAAGAUGUCUCGGUCUCCCUACUUCCCCUUCUACAUCGCUCUCCCGAUCCUCAUAGUCGACGGGCUCAUUGAAGUGGGCAUGAUCGGAGAGACAGUGGGCUUCCUGCACGACCGAGCAGGCGACUUCUUCACGGUCAACGCCUCAUCCGGACCCUUCGACAUCCACGGCAAGCCCAAGAACCUGCUCGUUGACCAGGGCCACACGAGCAACGGCGCAGCAGGCACGGCCGUCAUCUUGGUCGGCCUAUUGGGCUUCCUGACCAUCUGGCUCGAGAAACGGCGAGCACGCAAAACCAACGCAACAGGCCACUCCGCACUUUUCAUCUUCUGGGUCGUCAUGACGUGGCUCUCCGCGGCGCUCACCCUGUCCGCGCUGAUCUACGUCAACGUCGUGGUCGCCCAGACCGACAACCAGUCCAUCGAUCUGUCCGUCGCCGAAGCUAACCCCGAGCCGCACAUGUACCCGCUCGACAAGUGGACGCCGGACAAUUGGUUCAAGGCGCUGCUGGCGCUGCCGCUAGCCCACGACAGCGACCGCGGCACGCUGAAGUACCAUCUCCGUCUGAUCAGCGGCUGGCGGUGGAAUCUGAUCCCCUUGUUCAUCAUCGGCGCCGCCGUCGCCCUGCUCGCUCUGUGGGAACUCAUCCGCGCACGACGGUGGACGACCGGCGAGUCCAGGGAGAAGUUGAGGCACUCGGGCCAGAGUGGGGAGCCGUACGGAAGAGCGUGAGCGAGAGCGAGAACGAGAGCCGCGUCGAUUCGAAAUUCUCCCGUCCACGGGCUAUUCGUUACGAGACCGGGACGAGCUACACGGAGAGGCGGUUGAGGACGGCCUGCUGCAUGCAAUUUCACCACCUGGAAGCUCAUCCUCAAUACUGCAUUACAAAAAUCUUGUCAAAGCAUGGCGUGCGUUGUUAUUGGAACCUUGGCAUGGAAAUAGAAAUGGGAAUGGGAAUGGGGAAUGGAACGAAGCGGUCAAGACAUUGAUAUUCAGUCGAACCAUUGCGUUCCGCUGCGAGUUCAACUGACGAAUCUCCUUUUAGUCUGGGUGUCAGCAGUCCCUAGUGGUACUGAUAUGGGUGUUGCGUUUGGUGUUGAUAUUGAUAUUGAUAUUGAUAUUGCUAAUUUGUUAAUGACCCUUGAACGCCGGAACGGUGUGUAUUUUAUCUUUCUUGCAUAUAUACCUAGGUACUCUGUACUUAUACCCGACUACAGCCAUCGUGCGUUUUAUUGUCAAUCAAUCAAUGAGAAAAC